AUGGAGGAGCCUUUGUGGUGGUGUCGCAGCUUGGUGGUCGUGCCGUCAGAGGAGGAACACAGCAUCAGUCAAGAGGGAGAUCAUCUUGAAGUGGAUCAUCUUGAACUGCGAGUGGAGUUCCCAGUGACUGGUGUCCCUGUGGAGAGUAAAGAUGAUGAGGUCAAAGGUGAAGGUGAGAAGAGGGGAGGGGCGGAGCCUCCAAGCAGCAGCUCAACACAACACAUGACAACAGAAGCUGAUGGAGACCACUGUGGAGGAUCACAAGCAGACAAGCUCUUAGCUCCACUAUCAGAUAGUGAGGACACAACGUCACACUCUCCUGACACUGAUGAUGAAGACUCUAAAGAUGAUAAGACAUGUCACACUGACAACACUCACUUGAGAUGUUCUCUCUGUGACAAAACCUUUAAAUACCAUUGUCGUCUGAAAAUACACAUGAGAACACACACUGGAAAGAAACCUUUUUCUUGUUCAAUCUGUGGCUUAUCUUUUACAAGGAAGGAACAUAUGAAAGAGCACACAAGAACACGUAGAGUAGAAAAAAAUUAUGUGUGUCAUGUGUGUGAUUCAAGGUAUAUACGAAGUAAAGGUUUGAAAGAACACCUGAAAAGACACACUGGGGAAAACCUUCUUAAGUGUUCUGUGUGUAAUUCAAGUUUUGUCCAAGGUGAACAUUUGAAAAGACACAUGAGAACACACACAGGAGAAAAACCUUUUACCUGUUCACUCUGUAGUAAAAGUUUUGCACAAAGUCAAAUUUUGAAAGUACACAUGAGAACACACACUGGUGAAAAACCUUUUUCCUGUUCAACCUGUGGCUCAUCUUUUACAAGGAAUGAAUAUUUGAAAGUGCACAUGAGAACACACACUGGUGAAAAACCUUUUUUCUGUUCAGACUGUGGUAAAGGUUUUACAAAAAAAAACGUGUUAAACGUACACCUGCUAAUACAUACUGGAGAAAAACCUUUUACCUGUUCAAUAUGUGGUAAAAGUUUUACACACUGUCAGAGUUUGAAAAAACACACACUUUUACACACCGGUGAAAAACCUUUUACCUGUUCAAUCUGUAGUAAAGGUUUUGUACAAAGUAACACUUUGAAAGUACACAUGAAAACACACACUGGUGAAAACCCGUUUUCCUGUUUCGUAUGUGGUAAAGGUUUUGCACAAAGUCAAAAUUUAAAAAAGCACACAAGAACACACACUGGUGAAAAAUCACAUUCAUGUUCGAUCUGCAACAUGAGCUUUUGUGAACGAUCAACCCUUAGACAUGAGAAGACACCCAGGAGAGAAAGUGUUGAGUUGCAGUGUGUGUGGUGAAAGAUUCUCUUCUAAGUACCAGUGUAAGAAACACAAGUGUGCUGGUGAGAACAGCAGCAGCAAAUGAAACUGCAGGAUUUGAAAUAAACUGUCAAGACUGUAAUUUUGACUUUCUAACAACAUCAGCACAUAUAACAUGUGGGACGUUGUUUGUUUAACAAUCUUUUUAACACGCUUCUACAUUUAUAGAUUAGAUAUUUUAUAUUAAUGCUUUUUUCAGUCA